AUGCUGCGCACGCCCAAGCAGAGCCCGUAUGCGCCACCCACCACACAAGCCAACAACGUCCAUGAGACAGUCCUUACACAACUUGGAGUUCUUCAAGCCAAAUCAGACGCGGAAAAGCGAAUGGUCUAUCGCAUCGGCAAUGUCGCAGGCGGUACCCAAGAAGAUAUUGUGCAUAACGCUACCUACGCGGCGAUUAUCCAGCAGGUGUUAAUGCAUGGUCGUUACUUCCCAGCCGAGGUUGUAUCGCACAUGCUGCGCAGCCCUGGUCAGAAUCCCAACUCUGUCGACAAGACUUCUGCCCAGUACAUCAGCGCUAUCAACACUAUGGCCAACGCAUCCGCACAUCUCAAGAAGCAAUUCCUUGCCAUCCUCUACAAACACUACACUACUAGUCAUUCAAGUCCAGUAUGUAUAGCACUGCAAAUCCAGGGCGUUCUCAGGGAACAAGAGGCGCGAGCUCCGGCCGAAGCUGCUACCAGCGAGUGGCAGAAGGACCGUGCACGCCAUGCUGCUGAAGCGCACAAAUGGGUGCGUGACCCAGGUCUAGAGUCGCUUCUCUUCAAGGCCAAUCGCAAGCCCUUCAAGGGUUUCCCCAGUCGCGCGAAAAUCAUCCGUCGAUACAUGCACGACCUCGACUUUCGGGUGAGCUUGGAAGCGGCUGAAUUCAACGAGGCCUCGCACCACUGGGUGAUCUCGAACGGCAGAUACGUGGUCGGCGGUGUGCAAUCUCCUUCGCGAAGCUAUUGA